CUCUCUUCCCCCCCUCUCGAGAUCUCGACUUCUCGCGAUCUCUCUUCACCGUCAUAUUGCAGUUGUGUUCUUUUUCUUCGUAUAAAUAAAUCAUAAAAUCUAUGAGUUUCUUUUGAUGAUUGAGGAUGCUAUUGGUCUGCUGAUGUUUUGAUCUACAGAUCGGAAGAGGAUCUCUCUUCAAUUUCUUCAAUUACCCCUCGGUGUGUAAUUGUCGAGCUGAACAUGUCCCAUUACCACGGGGAUGAUGCUGAGUACAUGGCGGAUGAAUAUGAAAUGGAAGAUGUAGAUGAUGAUAUGGAUGAAGAGUUUCUUUCCAGGGAUAUGGCUGCAUCAGAUUCUGAUGUUGAUGAAUAUGACUAUUCACAUAAUAAAGUGGCUGAUACUUCAGCUGCUCAAGCUAGAAGAGGCAGAGACAUCCAGGGAAUUCCUUGGGAUAGGCUUAGUAUCACUAGAGAAAAAUACAGACAAACUAGGCUAGAACAGUAUAAAAACUAUGAAAACAUCCCUAAUUCGGGGGAAGGAUCAGGAAAGGAUUGCAAAGCUACUGAGAAAGGAGGCUUGUACUAUGAGUUCAGGCGGAAUUCAAGAUCUGUGAAAUCAACCAUUCUUCAUUUUCAGUUGAGGAAUUUGGUUUGGGCCACAUCAAAGCAUGAUGUCUACCUUAUGUCACAUUUUUCUGUCGUUCAUUGGUCUUCAUUGACAUGUAGCAAGUCUGAAAUUCUCAAUGUUUCAGGUCAUGUGGCACCAUCAGAGAAACAUCCUGGAAGCCUGUUGGAAGGGUUUACUCAGACCCAAGUGAGUACGCUUGCUGUAAAAGAUAAUUUGCUAGUCGCCGGAGGAUUUCAAGGAGAACUAAUUUGCAAGCAUCUUGAUAGACCUGGGGUAAGCUUUUGCUCAAGGACAACUUAUGAUGAUAAUGCUAUCACCAAUGCUGUUGAAAUCUAUGUCAAUUCUAGUGGUGCACAACACUUUACAGCAUCAAAUAAUGACUGUGGUGUCAGAGACUUUGAUAUGGAGAAAUAUCAACUUGCUAAGCACUUCCGUUUUCCUUGGCCAGUUAAUCAUUCGUCCCUGAGUCGUGAUGGUAAACUACUAAUAAUUGUUGGAGACAGCCCUGAGUGUCUCUUGGUGGACUCCAAUACCGGGAAGACUGUGACAUCUUUGUGUGGGCACUUGGAUUACUCUUUUGCAUCAGCAUGGCACCCCGAUGGUGUCACUUUUGCUACUGGGAACCAGGAUAAAACCUGCCGGAUAUGGGAUGCUAGGAACCUAUCCAAGUCAGUUGCUGUACUGAAGGGAAAUCUAGGAGCUGUUCGGUCGAUUCGUUACACGUCUGAUGGUCAGUACAUGGCAAUGGCCGAGCCUGCUGAUUUUGUCCAUGUUUAUGAUGCUAAAAAUGGAUACGAGAAAGAGCAGGAAAUUGAUUUUUUUGGUGAGAUAUCUGGCAUAUCCUUCAGCCCUGAUACGGAGUCUCUUUUUGUUGGGGUUUGGGAUCGUACAUAUGGUAGCCUGCUUGAGUAUGGCCGUUGCCGGAACUACUCAUACCUCGAUUGCUUGCUUUGAGUGGGAUUUGCAAGCUGAAAAUAAGCGUGUUGUUCUGGUUGGUUACUGAGUUAAUUUGAGAAAGCCUAGUAACAUAAAAUUUCGGUAGGGGGGUGCGGAUAGAUGUAAAUGUAAUAUGUUGUGCAAUUGUAGGGUAUCAUAUGGUUCAAUUAGUUUUCAUUGCAAUGUGGUGACUGUCUUAUCUAUCGUAAGAAUUGUAAGAGGGAGGAGGGGAUGUACAGAAGGCUAGGAAGCACCUGUGUUGUGCCAACAGCAAGGAGAGAACUUUGCGAUUUAUGGUUCGGACGGGACAACUUCAUGGUUCAUUAAUAGUUGUUCUUAUGGUUCUUCUUAUUGUAAAAGGAGUCUGGAAGUGAACUGAUCAACGGCCAUAGUCGUCUCGUCCAAAGUAUGUUCUUGGAGUUUGGGAUCUUCUGUUUUGCAACAAUUAAGUCGUGAGAUGGAUGGAAAAUCGCAUAAUAGAUGCUUUCGGCCUACAUUUGUUGUUGCAUUUAUCCUUUGUUGAACUGGAAUUGUUUUACAGAUGCGUAUGAAUUCAAGUUCUUUGCCUGCCUUUUUUGGCUUUCUA